UUCGCGGGGAGUCAUUCGUCGCUUGUUAUAGUACCGUUGUUAGUUGAUGUCUCUUGUCGGAGGUGCGCAGUUUGUUCAAGAGUUAAGAAGGAAGUCGCACACUACGCAGCUACUAUGAUAUCUCCAGUCGACCUGGCGCGGCGGGUGAGCGCGGGCGGGCGGCUGGUGCCGUUCUUCAAGUGCGUGUGCGUGUACUUCGUGUCGCUGGGCGCGGGCGGCGGCGCGCCGGGCCCCGCGGCCGCGGCCGCCAAGUGCGCGCCCGUGCUGUGCCUGCUGCUGUGCGUGCUGCGCCGCGUGGCCGCGCUGCCGCGCCACAAGGGGUGGUACGCGCGGCGCGUGGCGGCGGGGCUGGCGCUGUCGGCGCUGGGCGACGCGCUGCUGGUGUGGCCGGCGCAGCUGGCGGGCGGCAUGGGCGCGUUCGGCGCGGCGCACGUGGCGUACCUGUGCGCCUUCGCGCGCGCGCCGGCGGGGUCGCGAGGCGCGGGCGCGGCGCUGCUGGCGGCGGCCGCGGCCAGCGCGCUGCUGCUGGCGCCGCCGCUGCGCGCGCCGGCCGCGGGCUACGCGCUGCUGCUGGCGGGCAUGGCGUGGCGCGGCGCGGCGGCGGGCGGCGCGGCGCGGGCGGGCGCGCUGCUGUUCGCGCUGUCGGACGCGCUGCUGGGCUACGGGCUGUGGGGCGGCGCGCUGCCGUGCCAGCAGCUGCUCGUCAUGUCCACCUACUACCUGGCGCAGCUGGGCAUCGCGCUCAGCGCGCUCGACACGCCCACUGAGCCCGUACACUCUUCCUUUAGCUCAUAAGCGUAUAUACUUACAUAUAAGUUAGUUAGGUAUAUGUUUAGAACCUAGAUAUUUUGUGACCCUAUUAGCGUACUUCAUGGUGGUAAUAUAUUUUGUAGUUCGUUUACACGAGUCGAGCCGUGUGGGCCCCCGCAUGCGCAUCUGACGAGUCGGGUGCCGUCAGUCUGUGAUAUAAUGUACUUUUACGAGAGAAGUGUUGUGUGAAAUAUGAAGAGUGUGUGUGAGUGGCGGGACGUAGACUACAACAAGACUGAGUCCGAGGCGCUCCGGUGGCGCGGGAGCGGCUCCAGGGUGUUGAUACUUGUACAUUCCUGCAGGUAGUGUUAGGCAGAGGCCACACGUGUCACUAACACGACGGUGUGUCAGCCACCGCGCCUCAACUGUGUUCUAAACUAUUCCAAUAGAAUACGUUGUUCGUUUGUACUAUCUACAUACAAUCGGAUCCAGCAUCAAGUAUUGUAUCGCUGAGCCACGUCAUUGCACGGAUAAUGUCACACAGAUAGUGUAUUUAGUGGCGACACACCACGCUGACACUUAUUGACUAUCAACACGAUGAAUAUCAAUUAUGUAAUAUUAUAUUAAAUGUUAUACAUUUAUGACCGGUAGUUAUUAUAUUUUUAUUAUUGUAUAGAUAUAACAAGUGUCAGGUCACGGAGAAGUGACUUUAAAAAUAAAUAAUAAUAACUGAAA